AUGCCGGUCUCCUCACAAUAUCCUUCGGUUGAGAUCCCGAAUAUUGAUUUGUGGGCAUUCCUUCUCGAGCGGAAAGAUAAGCUCUUCCCCGAUGAUAAAGUGAUCUAUACCGAUGCCGAUACUCGACGGUCAUACACCUACAAAGAUGUCAAGCAAUCCGCGAUCGCAUUUGGCCAGGGCCUGAAGUCCAUCUAUGAUUGGCGCAAAGGCGAUGUCCUCGCUCUAUACACCCCCAACAGCAUCGAUACCCCAGUCGUCAUGUACGGCGCGCUCUGGGCAGGCGGCGUUGUUUCUCCCUCCAACCCAGCUUACACCGUGGAAGAACUUGCAUUUCAAUUGAGAGACUCCGGCGCAAAGGCCGUUGUCACCCAAUUACCAGUCCUGCCUGUCGCGCGAGCAGCCGCAAAGCAGGUCGGCAUCCCAGACGACCACAUUAUCCUGAUUGGAGACCAGCGUGACCCCGAGGCCAAGGCCAAGCACUUCACCUCCGUCCGCAACAUUUCCGGCGCUACUCGCUUCCGACGCAGCAAGAUCAACCCGGAGAAGGACCUCUCUUUCCUUGUUUAUUCUUCGGGAACAACUGGUGUCCCCAAGGGUGUUAUGCUGUCUCAUCGCAACAUCGUUGCCAACAGCCUUCAGCUGGCUUCAGGCGAAGCGGGUAAUAUCAAGUGGAAUGGUGGCGCGGACGAUAAGGGUGACCGUGUACUUGCCUUUCUUCCAUUCUUCCAUAUUUACGGCUUAACAUGUCUCGUCCACCAAACUCUCUACCAGGGCUACGAGCUAGUCGUCAUGGCUAAGUUUGAUCUGGAGAAAUGGUGCCAGCACGUCCAGGACUACAAGAUCACAUUCAGCUACGUAGUCCCUCCCGUCGUCCUCCUCCUAGGCAAACACCCCAUCGUUGAGAAGUACGAUCUCUCUACCAUCCGCAUGAUGAACUCCGGCGCAGCCCCUCUCACUCAAGAACUCGUCGAAGCCGUCUACAGCCGCCUCGGCGUCGGCAUCAAGCAGGGUUACGGGCUCAGCGAAACCAGUCCCACCACGCACACGCAACCCUGGUCUGAGUGGCGCUCCUCCGUCGGCUCCGUCGGAAAACUCCUCCCCAACAUGGAGGCCAGGUACAUGACCAUGCCCGAAGACGGCUCUAACCCUGCUGAAGUCGCUACCGGCGAAGUUGGAGAACUCUACCUGCGUGGCCCUAACAUCUUCCUCGGAUACCACAACAACCCGGCUGCGACGGCAGACUCGAUCUCCCCCGAUGGCUGGUUCCGCACCGGUGAUGUCGGCUACCAGGAUCCCAAGGGCAACUUCUACAUCACGGAUCGUGUCAAGGAACUCAUUAAGUACAAGGGAUUCCAGGUCGCCCCUGCUGAGCUGGAGGGUAUCCUCGUUGACAAUGCCUCUGUUGAUGACGUUGCCGUCAUUGGUGUUGAGAGCGCCGAGCACGGCACCGAGGUGCCCGUUGCAUACGUUGUGCGGAGCGGCAAGAGCAAGGAAUCUGGUGUUUCGGACGCAGAUGAGGGUGCGAAUAUUGUGAAAUGGCUAGAGGGCAAGGUUGCGCAUCACAAGCGUCUGCGUGGUGGUGUGCGAUUUGUUGAGGAGAUUCCGAAGAGUGCGUCCGGGAAGAUUCUACGGAGGAUGUUGAAGAAGCGCGCGCAGGAAGAGACGGUCGCGCCGAAGGCUAAGCUAUGA